UUGAUGAUUCUUUGCAAAAACAAAGGACAGAAAUCUGAAACCCUAGCGGCUACAGGGAACCCAACACACCCCGAUAAGACGAAGAGGAAGCAGAAGCAGAAGCAGAAGCAGAAGAUGACGCAGAAAUCGAAUCUUUUUAAGGGCCAACAGAAGAAGAAGACCAUCCCUCCGAGUCGCCAUGGAAAGGCGCCUCCAACUCGCAAAGGGAAGAGAUUCGUGAAGCCAUUGAAGGUCACUAAGGACAUGGAGAUGGACCGGGAGAUAAGCAAGUUCAUAAACCACUGCAACGAAGCGAAAGCAGCCACCGCCGCUAACAAGGAAGGCGGUCAGCUAAGCAUUGUCAAACCGCCACCCGAAUCUACUGCCAGAGAAAAGAAAUAGAUCACCGUAGAGGUCGCAAGGAACACAGGUUUGGAGACAAACAGAACAGGAAUCCAAAUUUUGGGACGAUGUACUAACUUAUCUGGCAGUUUUUCUUGUAGAAAUACCAAUACGUGUUAUUGUCUUUUGAAA